GAAUCACAAACUCUAUCAUUGCUAGUUGUCAAAGAAGAGUUCCAUUAACAUACAUGGCUGCAAGUAUGACAACACUUUCUUGCUUCAAACUAAGAAUAUGUUUGUCGUUUUGUCUUGUAGGGUUAACACUAGCACAGUUACAACCUAGUACCUUCUAUGACAAUCGGUGUCCUAAAGCCCUUGUUACCAUCAAAGCAGCAGUCAAUCUUGCUGUCUUGAAGGAGCGUAGAAUGGCUGCAUCCUUGCUCCGUCUUCAUUUCCAUGAUUGCUUUGUUCAAGGAUGUGAUGCUUCAGUGUUGCUAGAUGACACAGCAAAUUUCACUGGUGAGCGAUCUGCUUUACCGAAUAGAAGCUCUCUGAGGGGUUUCAAUGUUAUAGAGAACAUUAAAUCCGCACUUGAGUUUAUUUGUCCUGGAGUUGUUUCUUGUGCUGACAUUCUCGCCGUUGCUGCAAGAGAUUCAGUUGUUGCCUUGGGUGGAACUUGGUGGGACGUGAACUUGGGGAGAAGAGACUCAAGAACUGCAAGUCUAACAGAUGCUAAUAACGACUUACCUGCUCCUUUUUUGGACCUUGGUAACAUUAUCACUGCUUUUAGUAACAAGGGUUUCACAGUUCAAGAUAUGGUUGCCUUAUCAGGUGCUCACACAAUAGGGAAAGCACGUUGUACAAAUUUCAGAUCAAGGAUUUACAACGAAACCAACAUAGAUCCCUCUUUUGCGAAAUCCAUGCAAGAAAUUUGUCCAAUUUCAGGUGGUGGCAACAACUUAGCGUCUUUGGAUGUUAGCACUACAAUUGAUCAAUUUGACAACAGAUAUUUCACAGAUUUAGUGAAUAAAAAGGGUCUUUUGCAUUCGGACCAAGUACUCUUUAAUAACGGUUCCACAGAUUCACAAGUUCAAAAUUAUGUGAACAAUCCAACUCUCUUCCAAACUGAUUUUGCUAAGGCAAUGGUUAAGAUGGGACAACUUAGCCCACUAAUUUCACCCAAUGGUGAGAUUAGAAAGCAAUGUAGUAGAGUCAAUUGAGUUAUUACUUAACAAAAUCAGCAAUCAAUUUUUAAACAAAACUCAUCAGAUCUGUAAUGAAAUAGUCUUUUGUUUGUCGAGUUAAAAGAUAACGUGAGAAUUUAAAAAAAAAAAAAUUGGUGUUUUGAAAUUAAAUAAAUUAUUUUUGUGGGUGUAUAAAUAUUUGUAUGUCUUUUAAGUAUGUUCAAUAUAUGUUUUAAAAAUAUUUGCAACCACUAUUAUCUUUAUUUUAUGAUAUCUAAAAUUAACUUAGAUAAAAUUUUAAGAAUUAUAUUAGUGGUUGUAAAUAUUUGAGGUUGAUUAUUGUUAUUGAUGUAUACCUUGUGAAGUAUUAAAUAAUUAUGAGACGAAUAUUAUUUACCGUUACAUGUCUGUAUUUUUAUAAUUUGAUUGAGUAAAAAAUUAUAUUU